UGUCGCCCCCAUCAGAGUGUGCCGAAAAACUUCAGGCAGGAGAGAAAAUGACGACCAGAUUCAAGAAGAACAGGAAGAAGAGAGGCCACGUCAGCGCCGGCCACGGUCGAAUCGGCAAGCACCGCAAGCAUCCAGGAGGUCGCGGUAACGCCGGAGGCAUGCACCACCACCGCAUCCUCUUCGACAAGUACCAUCCCGGUUACUUCGGCAAGGUUGGUAUGCGCUACUUCCACAAGCUCCGCAACCAGUUCUUUUGCCCCACCGUCAACAUCGACAAGCUCUGGUCAUUGCUUCCACAAGAGGUGAAGGAUCAAGCCGCCAAUGAUAAGUCUAAGGCUCCAGUGAUCGAUGUCACCAAUUAUGGGUACUUCAAGGUUUUGGGUAAAGGGGUUUUGCCUGCUAAUCAGCCUGUUGUUGUUAAGGCGAAGCUCAUUUCGAAGAUUGCUGAGAAGAAGAUCAAGGAGAAUGGUGGUGCUGUUCUUCUUACUGCUUGAUUUUGAUGAUAUGGUACUUUUUUUUUUAUAGAGGAUUAGGGUUCUGAACUAUUUUGAAAUUUUGAUAUUAUUGUUGUUUCUGCGCUUUUAAUCUAUGUGAACUGGUUUAGUUGCAAUGCUAUACAAUCUCGUUUUUAUGCUGA